GGAUUAACGUGUCACGUACGUUCACGUGAGACAUGGCCGUGGGUUAGUUCAUUUUUUUUUUUUAAUUAUUUAAAUAUGAUAACCAGUAAGUACUUUAUACGUACUAUGAGUACUACAACAUAUACCGUUUCACUUUCUAUUUCGUUGUUGAGUUAGUUUGAUUUUAUUAUUUUUUUGGUCCGUUUAGAUUUUUAAUGUUUCCUGAUCAGUAACGGUAGUGCCAGUAGUGAACAUUUUGAAUUGUAGGCUUCAGGUGGUAGGUAAACAGUUUAAUAUAUUCAUUUGGAGUUAUUUGAAUUUGAAUUUAUUUAAUUUUUUCUUAUAGGUAUACAAUUGUAAGAAAAUGCUGUUGCCGUCAGCAAUCUUUUAUUCAUGAACAUUCAAUCUACUAUAUAUAAUCCAUUCUAAUGUUCAUGGUAUCAUUUAUUUUAUUGACUACGUACAAUUUAUCUAUUGAAUAACAAGAGCAACAAAAUCAAGGUGACCUUAUAUAUUAUUAUAACUUAAUUGUAUGCAAAUCAAUUUUUAGUUGAAUAGUAUUGUAAGUAACAAGUAACAUGUUAAUUCUUUAUAUUUUGUGUACUAAAUCGGGGGAGCGAAUGCAAUCGCAAGUGAGAACGUUAUUUAAUAAUAUAUAUAAGUUAAUUAUUCACCACUAAUUAACUUGUUUAAUCCUAAAAGAAUACAUUUAUUAAUGAAUGAAUUUUGACACUUGCAUAGUUUAAUGGAUAUUUGAUAAUAAACCAAAAAUAUUGUUGCAGAAAUAAUAGAUAUUAUCUUUGAACUUAGGUUAAAAUAUCAAAAUUUAAAAUUCUAUAAAAACGUUUUUCUGAAUUUUUAGAAUAGUGUCCCUAGUUCACUAAUUUACGUCAUUGAAUUAUUUUACAUUUUAUUUUAUAUUUUUUGACUACAACAACUGAUUUUGUGAAUGUUUUAUUUUGUAAUAUUAUUUCUAUAAAAGUAAUUUAUUUUACUAUUAAUAUUAAAUUAUUAAUAAAUAAAACAUCAUAUCUAGAUUAAACUAAUUUUAUUAGAAAAUAAAGUAUUAUUGAAUUAUUUAACAUUAUAUCUUAAAUUUUAUUUUAUAUUAUUUGAUUACCUAAAUCAACAUUUCAAAAUAUUUGUGUUUAUUCAUAAAAAUGGUUUUAUACAUUUUUAAAUUUGGAUAUUUUGACCGAUUACCAUUAUUAUUAUCUUUAUCUCUUUAGAUCUAUAAAUUGUUGGUUAUUAAUUAUUGUCAGUUGUCUGUCAUCUUUAAAACAGUAGAUAUAUAAUUUAAUGUGCAUGUAAAUAAGCGUAUCUGUUGAAAUAGUUAGGAAUCAAAUUAUUAUGUUAAUAUUUUUUAAACUAAUUAAAUGAAUUUAGUAAAGCAUAUGCCAAUUAUUCCUAGAAAAAUAUAAUGAUAACAUAAAAUUUAAUAAUUGUUUUAUUAUCAAUCUUGCAUUAUUGUCUAGUUUUUUUUUUCAAGAAUCUAUGUAUUUAAAAUGGAAAUGUUAAAACAUAUAUAUUAUUAUUUAAAAAGAGAACAUUAUUAUUUUUAUUUGUAUAGAUAACUUCAUUAAUAUAUUCGUUAUAGUUCCAAAAAUGUGUGUAUACCUCUAUUAUUUAGGUAACAAUUUGAUUAUGGAUUAUCAUUAAAUAUAAAUAGGUAUGUUCUAUUUAUAAAAUAAGGUACUUGAUAUAUACAUUGGUUUAAUAGUUUAAAAAAUUAUGUGUCAAAAUAAUCUUUACAAAUAAUUCAACAUUGAAUAAGCAUAAUUGAAAAUUUAGCAGUAGAAAAUAUGUUUUAACUUAUUGUAUUAUGUUUCUUUAAUAUGUAUUAAUUAACAUUAUUAUUUACAGGUGCAGAAAAUAACAAAUUGGUUAAUAUAUUAUACAAAGAAUGGAUAAACGGUUAUUAAAUGUUAGCCUUCUUGGCUUAUCCUUCAUGUUUGUUUUCACUGCAUUUCAAACAAUGGGAAAUAUUGAAGUAAAUAAUUUGUAUUAUUAUUAAUAUCUUGUUAAAAUAUAAUAUAUUUGGGAAAUUCAGAACAUUUUAAAGAAAUAAUUUAUAGUUAAGUAGCUUUCACACUAAUACCAUAGAAAAUAAUAUUUAAUUGUUCAUAGUUAAAAUUUUAAAAAAUUACGCAGGGACAAAUUAUUUUGAUUUCAAAACCUGAUUUAUACCAAUUUCAGAUAGAUAAUAUUACUUAUAAUAUAUUUUUGAAUAAUUAUUUUAAUUUUAUUUAAUUCAUUUUAAUCAAAUAUUAUUUGGUAUUUAUUAAUUUUUUUUUUUUUUUUUAGAAAACUAUACUGAAAAGCAUACAAAAUGAUUAUCCGUCAUUUACUGGUGAUGGAUACACUAGUUUGUCCAUUAUAUAUGUUGUGUUUGCAUUAUGCAAUUGGAUAUCUCCAACAGUUGUUAGUUUUGCAGGAUCUAGAAUAGCCAUGUUUAUAGGGUCAUGCUGUUACACGUCCGUAUUUAUACACAUACAAUAUUAUUGUAUCACAUAAUUUACUUAUAUUAAUCUCAGGUUUUGAAUUAGUAUGUUUUUAGUAUCAUUUCUCUGGCCAGCCACAUUUUUACUUUAUUUUAUGUCUGCGGUGAUAGGGUUUGGUGCUUCGCUCAUUUGGACUGGUCAAGGAGCAUAUUUAACAUUGAAUUCUGAUUCAUCCACUAUGUCCAGAAAUUCUGGAAUAUUUUGGGCGUUGUUACAAAUGAGGUAGUUAUUAUGUAGUAUAAAUUAAAAACAUUUGAAUACAUGCACAAUAUUUAUUUGUGAUUAAAGUAUGUUUUUAGGAAACACAUUUGUAUUUUUUGCACUUCACGAUAAAAAUCAUUUGGACGAAUCAACAAGAACAUUGGUUUUCACUGUUCUUAUAGCUGUAUGUUUCUUGGGUACAUUACUGUUCUUACUUUUACGAUCUCCUAUAAGCGCAGAAGGAACUGACAAUGAAAGAGGAGAAACUUUAAAUCCUAUCCAGGAAAUAAAAAAUUCUUUGUCACUUUUUUUAACUGAAGACAUGUGUUUAUUAAAUAUGUCAUUCUUUUUUACAGGUAAAUGGUGCAUUUAAAAAAAAGUAGUUUGAGAACUUUCUGACUAAUUAAAUGUUUUGAAUUUUGUUUUUAGGUUUACAUUUAUCAUUUUAUAGUGGUGUUUACAGUUCAAGUAUUGGAUUCACCACAACAAUGGGCCCUAAUAGCAAACAACUCGUGGGUUUAUCUGGAAUUUUAAUUGGUGUUGGUGAAAUUUUAGGUUAAAAUAUUAAACAAUAGUUAUUUAAUUAUUAUUUCUCAAAAAUUGUAAUUUUAAAUAUUUAAUAUGUUAAAAUUAUUUGCAGGAGGUUUUCUAUUCAGCAUUUUGGGAAAAAAGACUUCAGAAAAUAAUGUUGAAUCUAAAGGAUUCAGUCAUUCUGCAGUGGUUGCAUUAGGUUUUGUUAUAAACAUUGUUGCCUAUGGUCUGAUAUUUAUAAAUCUACCAGAUGAUUCACCAUUCGGUGAUACCACAGCAAAAUCAUUAAUUGAACCAAAGUAAUUUGUAUUAAUUACAAUAUUAUGGAUAAUUAUUAAUUACUAUAACUUGUAUUUGAAUAAUGAUCUAGUCAGUACCUAGCAAUUUUAUGCAGUUUUCUUCUGGGUUUUGGUGAUAGUUGUUUCAAUACUCAAAUCUACAAUGUAAUUGGUCAAAGAUAUUCUGAAAACAGUGCUCCGGCAAUGGCCUUGUUUAAAUUUAUGCAGGUAUGUAUUUUGUGUUUAAUAGUUAAGGUUUAUGAAUAUCUAUUUACUUCCUUUUAACACCAUUAACUGUUUUAUGUUAUGUGUGUAUUCAAAGUGUUCAAUGUACAAUUUAUUUGAAUUUUGCCUUCUCUUCAGAAAAACAAUUAAUAUGUUUAAUCGAAUCACUUACCAAAUUACUAUUAUAUCAUUCAAAAUAUUAAACAAAUACUAAAUUGUUAUUCAUUUGUUAAGGUAGUUUCAAACCAUUUUUGUGAUCAUAAUUCUUAUAAUUGUUAAAAAUUGAUAUCUUAUCAUACAUAAAAAUGCCAUCUUUUCAACAAAGAAUUUUAAUAUUGAAUUUAUAGCUAGCAUAACUUUGUUCAGAUAUCUGAUAUGAAUCAUUUACUGUACAACAAGAUUUAAAUAUACUGAUAAGAAAGUCAUCAAAAUUUUGUCUAGUGACAACCUGUAUUCUCAGAUAGAGUUUGAGAGAAUCUUCUGUUCCGAUAUAAUGUAAAUGCGUGCAUAAAUAGUGCAAAAUAAAUUUGGUGAUUUAUCAAGAUUUUAACUGUUGUAAUUUUGAUAUUGUUUAGAUUUUGAACACCCUAACAACUCCUAAGGAGUAUAGAUUGUCCACUGCACAAAAGUGUAAUUGAUAGAAAAAAAAAAUUUACAUUACUUACACAAUUGUUAUGAUUUAUAGUCUCAGCGUUAACAUUUAUGUAUUUUUUUGUGCGUUUUGCAUUUAAAUAAAUACAGGUUUUUAUGAAGAUUAAUUGAAAUGUUUAUAUGAUAAAUUGAUAUUAUAUUAUAUGCAUAAUACAAUUUAUAUGUAUUAUAUUGAAUUGUAUUUUGUUUUAGUCUAUUGCAGCUGCUAUAAGUUUUUUCUAUAGCAAUCAUUUUGGAAUGUAUGUGCAAUUAACAUUGUUAGUGAUCACUUUAAUUAUGGGUACCUUGUCAUUCUUCAAAGUGGAUAAAUCCGUAGAUAAUCGGUGAGGAAUGCUUUUACAUUCAAUGCUACUUGAUUCAAUCAUAAAUCUUGAUAUUGAAUUAUAAAAUGUUUAUAAACAAUUACAUUCCAAUUUUAAUAUUUUUAUAUCUUUUGCUUAGUGCCAAAUUUAUAUAUUUUUUUAAUAAAAUUAAAAUAUGUUUAAAUAUAUAUAUAAAAUUGAUUUUUUUAUUUUUAUUACCUGUUUAUGAUUUAUUGUUUGUUUAGAUAUAAGGAAUUUUAACAUUUUAAUGUUCACUUGGACAAAAUCAGACGAAUCAUCCAUCAAGUUACCUAUUCUUGUAUUAUUACUUUCAUAAUUUAAAAAAUCAAGGUAAUUCUCACUCCUGAAAAAUUAAGGAAUCACAAUUCUAUUAAACCAAAAAUGUAUAUUUUUAUAAUUAAUGUAAUUUAUUAAACCAUAAAACAAAAUCAUAGUCAUAUCGUAAAACAUUUUUAUCUCAAAAGUUUUCGUCAAGGGGUGUGGCGAACUAUAAUUUAUAGAACGUAUAUAUGUUAUAUUAAAUUAAGUUAGCAUUAAAUUAAACAGUAAUUUAAUGCUCUCAAAUAGUACAGUUUGAUUUAUGACUAAAAUCUAUUCAUUGUUUAUUAUUUUUUACAGAAAAAAUCUUACUUAUUUUUUAAAAUUAUUAAAAUAUAUAUUUGAUAGCAAGUCUUAUGUUUGGCACAUAGUGCAUAAUAAUUUUUACCA